AUGGCAUUUGUCAUUUUGAUCAUUCAUCAAACUCAACCAAUCAAUCACAAUCAACAUUUCAUAAUAAUCCCCCAGCAAAAGGCAAACGGAGGAGGCAGUCGUACCAAUAAUAUACUUGCAAUCGUAUGGAGAAAGGAGAAUCCGGAGGACAAAGCAACAAGUCUACAGUUGUCAGUAGUAGCAGCAGCAACCCGAGAGGUGGUCGAGGAGGCCGAGGGUUUCGUGGAGGGCGAAAUGGCUUUCGAGCAAAUGCUGCUGCUGGAAGAGGUGGAAGAGGACGUGGUGGAAGAAAUGGUGGUCGAGGAAGGUCGUCGUGGCGGUGGAAGAUCACGAGGAGCAAGAGGACGUGGAAGAGGAGGAAAUCGAAAUCAUAAGAAUACGUACCAUGGACGUGGAGGAGGACGAGGAGGGCGACAUCAUCAUCCGAGUGGUGAGAGCCAUAGCGGAGGAGGAAAUCCCAAUGAAAAUUCUAGCACUGCUGCUGCUGCUGCUGAGACUACUACUACUGCAGCAAAACCAGAAGAUAAACAGACGGACCAUCUCAGCAAGAAGAACAAUGACAAUGAGAAUACGACGGCAACCAUCACAAAUAAUAACCCCAGCAAUAAUGCAACGACAGAGAAUCACUCGGAAGCUCGCACUGGCAGGGGUCGAGGCAGGGGUGGCAGAGGAGGGCGCUCUCGAGGAGGAGGAGGAGGACGAGAUCAUGGCGAGAGAGAUGCCGGAAAUAGAGGUGGUCGCAGCGGUAGAGGUGGAAGAGGAAGAAGCCGGGGGCGAGGAAGAGGGAGAUCCAAUAACAGAUACCACAAUAAUAACCAUCAUGGGCACGAAAAUGCCAGUAUGGCGGACUCAACCGCUGCUGCUUCGGAAGAACAUGCGCAAGAAGAAACGAUUACAACAGACGAUAUCCCAACAUCCACAAACAACAAUGCGGAAGAACAGCAGCAGCAAGACAAUACAACAGGAACGGACCAUGAAAAAGAAAAGGAAACAUCAUCCACUCCUCAUACCGACGAUACCGGUAAGGAAACUGAGAAGCCAAUGAGCAACGGAACUCAUGAAUCUCCCCCACCAGCACAAAACAACGACGAGGCAACAGCGCCCACUGGAAAUGACGACCAGGACACUACGAAAGACAACGACAACGACAGCGUCAAUAACGAAACCGCCAGUGCUCCCACUUUGUCGCUUCCAAAGCCCCCACAAGUCGCCAAUGGGCGUUCCGGAGGAGGUCCCAUGGUUUUGAUGCGGUCUCCCAAAAAUCAAGGUAACAACAACAAUAAUAAUAACAGCGAAGUGGCGGAGGAGACUGACCACCAAAGCAACGAUGUCCUCGUGGCCACCAAUAAUAACAACAAGAGCAAUGCUUCUGGUACGGGUGAAAAACCGGCCAAGGAAAAGAAGAAAAAGAAUCGCAACAAACCACGCAAGGACAAGAAGAAAAAGCAAGAACGAAAGAAUGCAGAAGAGGGGGGUGACGAAGAAGAUGAUGACGACGCCGACGCUGGCUCGACAAACCAGGGAGAAGCUGUCCCUGCCCCCUCCACCACGCAGGCGCUAAAAGCGUUGCCAGCACAAGAAGUCAGCAUCACGGCAUCGACCAAGGUACAGUUGAUUCGCCGCAACGAAAAUUCCAGUGCCUCAUUGUCCAAACUGGGAGAAGUUGACAAUGCCAAUGACGGAACUACUAACACAAACAGCAAAAAGAGCGCCAAGUCGAAGAAAUCCAAGGGCAAGAAGAGCGAUUCCAACAAAGCGGCACGCCGUUUCAACAACGAUGUACGCAUGUGUGUCGAACAGAGUGACCCCGACGCGAUGCGUAGCCUCCUGCGAAACAAAAAGAAUCACAAGUACCCUCUCGAACCCAUGGUGCUGGAGAUCGUCAUGAAGGCAUAUCUGAUGGCUGCCAUGUUUGAUGACGCCCUCUACUGUUUACGAAAUUGUGUGGUGCCCGGGACGUUGUCCACGCUGCACACGGAGCGUAUCUUGCAGUGUUUGCCACAAAACUUGCGCAACAGCAGUGCCUACACUGCCGCCGAUAUGAUCAAUGCGCUCUGCAUCGCCACCGAGUUUGACACUCCAACGUCGAGGACUUAUCUGUUGCGCGUUGUUCGUGGCAUUUCGUUGGAGUUUCUAGAAGAAGCAACUUCGGCACGUGACAGGAUUUGUUCCGCACCCUGCGAACGGUUGGUCCGCAGUGGUGUCUGUGUCGUCGAUGCUCGUCUCAAGCGAGGCAAAAAGCCGACGGAGUUGGUCGUCAUGCCUGGAGAACAACUCGGUGUCUUUGUACCCGAUAGCAUGGAGAACAGAGGUAUCCAAGCCGGAGAUGCCGUCAGUAUCUUGCCUUACGCCGGACCGUAUCCCAUGUCCGCCGAGAGCUUGGAUCGGAAUAUGAUCGAGGCGACUGUGGUCAAUACCAACCCGAUGGUAAUUCGCUUGCAAGACAAGACAAACGCCCAGUUGCACUCCAUGCUGACCGAACCUGUGGAUGGCAACGUGUAUCGAAUCGACAAGCUCGCAAACAGGAUGGGGUUCAAUCGUCAACUCGCAGCUGCAGUGGCAGUGGCUAGUCCGAUUGAUCCCGAUAUUGCUCGAGAUCCUCGACGUCCAUGUCCACAGUUGAUCCAAGCCAUAACAGCCAUGGAUGAGAACAUUGAUAGAGCCAUGAAACAAUCCGGUGGCUUUCAGCCGGGGCAACUGACAUCCACGGCAGCCUUGUGCUCCGAGGCUGUUCCCUGGAGCUUCAACGACGAGAAUGAAGAGAAUUUGACGCAAGACGAAAUUCGUCAGACUUCCUCCUUGGCAUUGGAAAAGUACAAGGCUCUGGAGCGUUUGAAUCUUUCGCAGCGAAUGGCAGUGGAAGGAGCAACCACCAAUCGUCUUACAUUGAUUCAGGGCCCUCCUGGUACAGGAAAAACAGCAGUUGCCAUUCGCAUUUUGCAGCACUGGGCACGGUUGGGUAAAUCAGCCCAAGGAGAAGCUCACAGUCCAAUCUUGGCCACUUCAGAUUCGAACAUUGCCGUUGACAAUCUCGUGGAAGGGUGUGCCUCCGUUGGACUGUCGGUUGUGAGGCUGGGACGCCCGGAAGCUAUCCGCCCCGAGUUGCUGCGUUACUGCAUUGAUAGACCACCGUCAUCGUACAACAACAACGGUCAAUCUUACACGUCGAAUUCGGCGUUCAAGGAACGGCUGAAGACACUGAAGAAUGCACAAGUCAUUUGCUGCACCUGUAUCGGAUCCGGUGGUGAUAUUCUGGAUGCAAUGACGUUUGAUCGCGUACUUGUUGAUGAGGCAACGCAAGCUACAGAACCGGCCGUGCUGGUGCCGUUGAUGAGAGGUUGUCGUCAGUUGGUUCUAGUAGGAGAUCAUUGCCAGUUACCACCAACAGUGCUCAGUACUCGGGCCGAGGAAGAAGGCCAUGGAGUUCCCCUGUUCUCCCGCAUGGUUGCAUGUGGUGUGCCUCCCUUCAUGUUGGACACCCAAUACCGCAUGCAUCCAUGUAUUGCCAUGUUCCCCUCGGACUUGUUCUACGGUGGAAAACUCCGCAAUGGUGUGACCUCACCCGAACGACGUCCUCUCGCCGGCUUUCCUUGGCCGCGCGAAGAGUUUCCUGUGGCAUACAUUCCGGUGAAAGGAAUUGAAAUGGAUGAUGGUGUCAGUAAGUACAACGAGCUCGAGGCGGACGCAGCAUGCCGCGCCGUUCAGGCACUUUUGGAUGGAGGGCAGUGUACCGUGUCAGACAUUGCCGUUUGUACACCCUAUGCCGCUCAGGCGAGGUUGAUUCGUCGUUUGACCCGACGUUUGAUGGAUUCCACUGGCCCUCCGUACAUCGAGGUUUCUUCUGUGGAUGGGUUUCAAGGACGUGAAAAGGAAGCUGUUGUGUUUUCGGCGGUACGAAGCAACGACUAUGGAGCCAUUGGGUUUACAUCGGAUUGGAGACGUGUGAAUGUCUCUUUUACACGGGCCCGUCGUGCUCUCAUUGUGAUUGGAAACGAUGUGACGUUGCGCCGUGGCGAUCCCGAUACCUGGAGCCCUUGGCUGGCCUGGGCCGAUGCGCAUGGUAUCAACAUGGACAAACCUGGCAUUCCCCGUGGUCGCUACGACCCAGAACAGUUGCGACGCGUGCGAGGAGGUACCACCGCUGCUGAGAUGCUUCGUGAUGUACUCGAGAGGCAACAGGCACAGUUGAAGAGCGCUGAGCAACAGCUGGAAAAAGCUGAAAAAUCCAGUCUCGCUCGUGAUACUUUUAAUCAAGGCAUGGACGACGCUGGAGGAGGAACUAGGGUGACAUUGGAAGAAGAAGUUGCACUUCUUGAGAACGCAGAUGGAAACUGGGAUGAUGACAGUGACGAUGAAGACCUCGGUGAAUUGCGUCACAGUGUGUCUCAACCAACGCUCACCAGCGGUGCUUCAUCGAAUGAUCUCAAGACGGAUGAUGAUUCUGGUGACUCUGGUCCCCAGGAUGCAUGGGAUUUGUGA